CGGGAGGACACCGAGUGAACGCGCAGUAGGGGCUGGCGGCGGCGGAGACCAGCGGCUGAACACGACACUGCAGCAAGCUGCGGCUGUAGCAAGUACGGUGCUUCUUAACUGACAUAGACGUUCACAUCAGAUUGAAGUACACUCCCAUCGACAACUGAAGAAUGAGGAUCACCAGCAUAACCAGGAUUAUCUGUCUUACUCUGGUGAUCCUGGAGUUGACCGCGUCGUCACCUCUCCCCCAGAGCGGGGGCUUAAAGACACCAAAUGACCUGCUGACCUGGAAUAAUCGGCCCAACCUGGCUACGCUGGCCCUGGGGAACUUGGCCGUCCAGCAAUUAGGCCUAAUGCAGAACAACCCGUCGAGAUUCUCGGGCUUACAGGCGAGAUUCUCGCAGAGCUCAGACACGAACUCAUCGCAGAGCAACUCGCCAAACAACCGACCAAGGUCCCAGGAGAUCACCCGGCCGAGCUCCCAGCAGAGUUUCCAGCCGAGCUCCCAGCAGAGUUUGUACAACUCUGCACGGAGCCAGCCGUUCCCCCGCCGGCCGUUCUCCGGAUACACUCUGCGUUGGUUCGGCUAGUCCUCCAGGACUGCUACCGAACUGUGGACAGAGUCGCCGAUCCAAACACUGCGCAGCCAGACGGACCGGCCGGGACAACUUACAAAAGGCGUGCAACUGCAGGUACGCGCAAAUGCAGCUGUGGUUACGAGAGGAACUACAGUGGGAGAAAGCCGAGUCAAAAUACGAGCCAGGUACUCGUGCAUGCAGCAGAUGCACUAGCAGAACUGGAUGUUGAAAGCAUAUGCGAAACAAAUAAAUCCUGCUUGCGAUGCGAAUAAACAAA